AUUGUAUACUUGUCUGAAACGUCCUCCCAUUUCUAAAACAAACACAUCCAUCAUGAGUUCCUCAUAUUACUCAUCGUCUGGAGGAGAACAAGAGAUAGAAGAGUUGAAUCUGUUUAACUAUCAUCGUUUGACUUUAAUCGGGCGGAGGCUUGAGGAAGCUUCACGCUCACGUCGUCGUUCAACAAAUCGCACCUACAUUGAUCGUGAAAGGGUCUCAGGUCAUGACCGUCUUAUGCAGGAUUACUUCAAUCCAAAUCCAACAUACGAUGCCAGCAUAUUCAGAAGGCGUUUUUGUAUGCAACCACGACUAUUCAAUCGCAUAAUGGGUGACGUUGUGAGGUAUGAUCCCUCUUUUGCACGAAAGAGUGAUGUCGUUGGUCACUUAGGCCUAUCGCCGAAGAAAAAGCUUACUAGUGCACUGCGCAUGCUAGCUUAUGGAUCUCCAGCUGAUCAACUUGAUGACUACAUGCGUAUGGGUAAGAGCACUGUGCUUGAAGUCUUCAGGAAGUUUUGCAGAGCCAUUGUCGGGAUGUACUCAUCGACAUAUCUUCGUGCACCAACCCCUGCUGAUCUAAGGAUUCUACUUCAUAAAGCCUCACAAUUCAGAUUCCCUGGUAUGAUUGGAUCAAUUGGUUGCAUGCACUGGGCGUGGAGGAACUGUCCUACUUCUUGGACUGGGAAGUACUUGGGGCACAACCGUAAACCAACAAUCAUUCUCGAGGCAGUGGCUUCGUACAACACCUGGAUAUGGCAUGCUUUCUUCGGCCCGCCUGGGUCGAAUAACGACAUCAAUGUUCUGGGGAUGUCUCCAGUGUUUGACGGUGUCCUCAACGGAUCCACCCCAUGAGUAUGAUUUGAGGUAAACGGUCAUACCUAUGAUUAAUGUUAUUAUUUGGCUGAUGGUAUUUAUCCUUCGUGGUCAACUUUAGUGAAAACAUUCAACAAUCCAAGCUCAAACAAAGAAGCCUUGUUUGUUCGAUGUCAAGAAGUACAUCGGAAAGACGUAAAGCGGGCCUUUGGAAUUAUUCAAGCUAGAUGGGCAAUUGUUUGUGGCCCUGCAAGAUCUUGGGAUGUUGCCACAAUUAAUGAUAUAAUGUUGACAUGCAUUAUAUUGCACAACAUGAUAAUCGAGGAUGAGCAGGUUGAUUCUGACGAUGAGAUGGAAGAUAAUCUUGAUUAUGAGGUCCACGACCAACAACCAACUAAUGUCGAUAGAGAUAUUCCAACCCUAACUGAGUACUUAGCUAGGAAUAAUAGGCUUCGUGUUGCACCAACACAUCAUGGGCUUCGUCGGGACUUGGUCGAACAUAUUUGGAACUUGCAUGGAAAUAAUUAGUCAUUGUUGUUGCUUGGUAUCGAUGCUGGGAUGCUUUGUAAUUCAAUUAAAGUUGUAGUUGGUGACAAUUUAUUUUGUAAUUUAAGAACGCAUUUUCAUUUCAAUAAUAUAAUUUUCAUUCUUAGUUCGAUCUAAUUUUUGUUUACACACAACUUAAAGAUGAUAAACAUAAAUUUUAAAUAAAAUGAAUUCAAUUUAAGUCAUCUUAGAAAAAAGCCUAAAUACACAAAUAUUAAACAAAAUCUAAAAAACCUAAAUACAAACAUUAAUUCCCCUUUCCCUAAUUAAUAACAUUCAAUUCCCUUAAUCAAUUUUCUUAAAUAACUAAUAAACAAUUAAAAAAAAGCCGAUGGGCGGCACAGUGGCCGGGCUGGGCGGUGCGCCGCACGCGCAAAUUUGUAAGUGACCGCUACUCACAAAUUUGGACUCUCUAAGACUAUCUCCAACCCAAGCAUGCAAAUUUGGAGAAAGGGAGGUUUUUGGCUUUUUUCAUCUCCAACCCACCAAUUAUUUGGCUUGCAAAUUUGGAGAAGUGGGCUUGGGAGUGGAUAGAUAGAAGCUCAUAUGGAAAAAUGCAAGGAGAAGGUGGGGGACCAACCAUGCAACCCAAGCCCACACGCUGGGGCCCUCCACUUUCCAACAUCUUUUUUUUUUUUACUUUCUUAAUUUUUGAUUGGUUGGUUAUGAGUUGGGAAGGCAAAUUUAGAAGGUUUAGGGUUGGAGCAAAAAUGUGUUUUUGGAAGGUAAAAAUGCACAUUUGAGAGCUUGAGAGGCUAAAUAUAACCUUUUGGGUUGGAGUUAGUCUAAAUUCAUAGAUUGCACUAAUUUGAUUCUUCUUUUGAUUCUCUAAAAAAUGGUUAAUUGCAUGAUUGGUCACUGAGAUUACAAAAAACGUUCAUGUUUGGUCACUCGAAAUAUUUAAAUCCAUUGGUGGUCCUUUAGUUUUCAUCUCCAACCCACCAAUUAUUUGGCUUGCAAAUUUGGAGAAGUGGGCUUGGGAGUGGAUAGAUAGAAGCUCAUAUGGAAAAAUGCAAGGAGAAGGUGGGGGACCAACCAUGCAACCCAAGCCCACACGCUGGGGCCCUCCACUUUCCAACAUCUUUUUUUUUUUUACUUUCUUAAUUUUUGAUUGGUUGGUUAUGAGUUGGGAAGGCAAAUUUAGAAGGUUUAGGGUUGGAGCAAAAAUGUGUUUUUGGAAGGUAAAAAUGCACAUUUGAGAGCUUGAGAGGCUAAAUAUAACCUUUUGGGUUGGAGUUAGUCUAAAUUCAUAGAUUGCACUAAUUUGAUUCUUCUUUUGAUUCUCUAAAAAAUGGUUAAUUGCAUGAUUGGUCACUGAGAUUACAAAAAACGUUCAUGUUUGGUCACUCGAAAUAUUUAAAUCCAUUGGUGGUCCUUUAGUUUAGUGAAACCGUUUACGUUUGGUCACUCUCCGUUAGUCGCCGUCAAUCUCCGUUAAUAAAGUCCGUUAAGUGAU